UGAACAUUUGGUCCAUAACUCGCCGGAUUUGAAUAAGUAACGAUAAAACAAAGAUUUGGAUACUGUAAGUCGUAAAUAUUAUAUAGAUUCCAAGAAAUAUACAUAAUAAAAGGCAAAAUAUUCGUCGUAAAAUACGGAUAAUUAUUUGACAGUUGGCAAAGAGUAUAACGGAAAAUUAUUUUGAAUAUAUGUACUCUCCUUUUCUCUAUUACUCAUACCAUGGAUAUAUGAAAAAUCUAAGUUGAACAAAGAGUAAUAUUUUAUUGUGUCAAGUAACUGCAAGAAAAAUGUCUUUACAAGAAAUAAUUAUUACGCAAAAUGAAUUAUCAAUACAAAUUAAUAGAGCCUUAUCCAAUUUCAAGAAAUCGAAAACAAGAAUAAAUAAGUCAUGUAUUGAAACAAGAUUAGAUUUAUUAGAAGGUAACUUUCAAUUAUUCAAAAACAACCAUCUUGACAUUACGAAAAAGGCAACGCAAGAUGAAAAGAAAAGUUUAACAUAUUUUCAAGAAGAUACGUACUAUAGUUGUGAAGAUGUCUAUCUCGAGUUUAAGACUUUGAUGAAAGAGAAAUUAGAAGCAUUGCUUUUAAACUCGUCGACUUCUAUGAAUAAGGGCGAAGUUCCUGUCUCGACGGCUCCAGGCAACAAUUGAAAUACCUGCCUUUUCAGGAAGUUACAAUGAGUGGACAGGCUUCUAUGAUUUAUUCAAGUCGUUGAUACAUAAUAAUUUACAAUUGUCUAAUAUAGAAAAAUAUCAUUAUCUGAAAAGUAAUUUGAAGGGCGAAGCAGAGAAUUUAUUAAAGCAGUUUCCAUUGACAGAAGCGAACUAUGAGAAAGCAUUAGAAGUAUUGGAGUCUAGGUAUGAUAACAAAAGACUUAUAGUACAUUCGCACAUCACACGUCUACUUAAUCAAAGGAAGCUUACGUUAGAGUCAGCCAAAGGGUUACGCGCAUUAUUAGACACUACGAAUGAAGUAUUGAAUGCACUUAAUAAUGUUGGCGUAACAACAACAAACUGGGAUCCUCUUAUCACAUAUAUCAUUGUAGCAAAGUUCGACAAUGAUAGUCAGCGUUUAUGGGAACAACAGUUAGCAGGGACUAGAUAUGUUCCAACUACUAAGCAGAUUUUAGCAGCAGAUUAUUUAAUUUUUUGGAGGUAAGAUUCAGAUCGUUGGAGGCUUUGAGUGCUACACACAAAGAAGUUGUUGCGCGUCAACCGUCAAUCAGAUCGUUCAAAGCGGAUAUCGAAGUCCUUUGUUCGUUUUGUGUGAAAGAUCACUACAUCUACAACUGCAAGGAGUUUGUGAAAUUCAGCCCAGAAGAACGUAGAGAUGUAGUCCAAGAGAAAAAAUUAUGCUUCAAUUGUCUUGUACCUGGACUAUAUAUGCUCAGAUUAUUAAGGAGGGGUUAAAGAGAUAUGGUUCAGUCAUUGCACAGAAUUCGCAUCUCGGUUGGUUUAUUUCAGGAAAAGUUGAAGAAAAGCACACUGAAACUAGAGAAGUUGUUUUAAUGAACAGCCAACUUGUUACAGAUAAGAUAAUACGACGAUUCUGGAAAUCUGAAGAACUACACCCUAAAAAUCGUAAAAAGACUGCACGUGAAACAGAGUGUGAGGAGAUAUCUAAAAGGACACAUUCUCGUACUGACUCGGGGUGUUAUAUUAAGUAUAAUGGCACACGGCUCGGAGUAUCAAAGUCUCUUGCUGUCAAACGUUUGUUGCAAACUGAACAAAGGCAUCAGAGGAAUGAGGAUUUACACAAGCGUUAUAGAGGCUUUAUGGAUGACUAUGAAGAGUUACAAGAUAUGAAAAAGGAUAGUUUUAAGAAAAGAAAGAAGAACCACCAAGCCACUUGUUAGUAUUAAUUUAGAUGAGAGACAAAUAUGGGAACAUCUUUGAACAAGCAUUAGUAAUUGUUUCACAUUUAUAAAAUAAAAAUACUUAGGUUUUGGGAUAGCGAACAUACUCAUAUACGUAACAUUUUGCAAGAAGUUUUGACUGCAUUAACUAACUCAAACUAUGUUAGUAAACGUUUUGCACAAAUAGUAAGAUAGAAUGUUAGGACUGAAAAAAAAGCUAGUUCUGAAUACAAUGUUUGAAUGUAAAUGAUAUGCAUGAAUAAGUUAUUCUACAUAGUUUAUAUUCUACAAGAGGAUAUUAAUUGUUUGUUUCUAAGAUAAAAAGGAUAAAGAGCAACGUUUAUAAAUUGAACAACAAGUAUAAGUAGCUGUAACUUCUCUAAUGAAUUUUCUAAGUACUUAACAGCUAAAAAUUAAUACAGUUCAUUGUUUAAUGAAUUUCUAAGCAAUUUUAAGAAUGAUGGAAUGAAAUAUCUAUACAGUCCAUGAAUUGUAUUAGAAUUUAAGAAACAUCAUUUUGAAAUAAUAAUAAUAAACUAUCGAAUGGUGAAUGUGUUACUUAAUCAAGUCUAUUAUAUAUUAUGUUGUAUAUAUGUAUGAUGAUGUAGACAUAAAGAUGCGCCCUUUCAUCAUGAUGCUUAGUUUUUUGUUAGGUUAUUUUUGGUAAAUAUAUUAAAUUGUAUUUUUUAAAUAGACCAUUGACUAUUGCUUUAAAUGUAGGUAAUAUAGUCUACAUGCUGGAUAGAAUAAUUAAAUGUUAGAUCUUUGUCAAGCUACAUGUUAAAACAAUACAAUUUGUUAUAUGAUAUGCAACACCUAGAUCUACUUAUCGAGUAACGGGUAAUUUGCCGUCAACAUAAGUCAUUGUUUCUAAAGCGUUUUGGUAAUAAUAUUAAUUUCCGAUACAAAAUAUUUAAAGUUUUUCAUUCAAAGUCAAAAUUUGUUUCGAAAUUAUUAUCCAAGUUUUCGAAGAUCUAUUCAAGAUAAUUUUAUAUAUUUUGUUUUAAACAAUGAAUAGUUAAUAUGCAAUGAAUGUUAAUCUCCGUUUACAAGUCGUGUGUAAAAUUAAAACUCAUUGAAGCUACUUUAAAGCAAGCGUGGUAACAGUAUUUUAACUCCUAUCACAAAGAUUUGCUUAUAACCCAAGGAAUUCUAAUAUAAAGGACUAAACCGUCCUUGCAUGUUUAAUCGUUUUAUAAAAAAAGUAAAUUCUCAAUAAAGUUAGUUAUGUCAGCCUACACACCGUUACACGGCGAUAUGCUUCUUC